AUGGAACAUGGCCGCACUGUCCUCACAGAGGCCGUACGCAAGGUGCAGCUGCUGAAGAUCGACGGCUAUUGCGCCACCGCAGCCAUGGAGUCCUCUGAGUACAUCAAAUUCAAAUGGAUCGUCGAUGGCCACGAGUGGGAGGUCCGUUUCUAUCCCAACUACGAUAGCAACUACGGCAGUUUGGUAUUUGUACAGCUCAUUCUUCUUGGUGAACCCCAGAGGAACAAGUUGAAAGUGAAUCUAAGCUGCCGGCUUGUAGAUAUGAGCCAUCGUCUUGAUCCUUGUGCUGAGAAGAGUUUGUCCCAUGUAUUUCCUAGUCGCGACGGAUGUACAGUUACCUUGACGACAAGAUAUGAUAUACCAUCAGGUUAUCUUGUGAAUGAUUCAUUGACCGUGCAGUGCACCAUCACUGUGCUCAAAGAACUGCCUGAUAUAGUCGUCCCAGCUAAUACAGAGGCGCCGCCGCCACUGCCACCCUCUGAUCUGGAGCGGCACUUCGGUGAGCUCUGGCAGGGCCAGAGGGGAGCAGACGUCACAUUUGAGCUGGAGUCUGGCGAGUGUUUUCUUGCGCACAAAAUCAUUCUUGCUGCAAGGUCUCCUGUCUUCAUGGCCGAGUUCUUUGGUGGCAUGAAUGAGAGGAGCUCCCAGAGUGUCAGGAUUGAGGGCAUGGACGCUGAUGUCUUCAAGGUCAUGCUUCACUUCAUCUACACCGACUGGGCUCCGGAGCUUGAUGAGGAGCCUGAAAUGGCGAUGGCUAUGGCUCAGCACUUACUCGAGCUGCUGACAGGUAUGUCUAUUUUUGCUGAACGAAUCAAUCCAAAUUUCAUUAUGAUGGAUGCAACUAAUCAGUAUUUUCGUAGGUACGGGCUUGACAGGCUUAAGCUGAUCUGUGAAGGCAAGCUCGCUGGUGGCAUCAGCAUUGACACGGUCGCGACGACGUUGGCUCUAGCUGAGCGGCACAAGUGCUCGCUGCUUAAGGCCAAGUGUGUUGAUUUCAUUGCCAGGUCGCCUGAAACUCUUGAUGCGGUCCUGGCGACCGAGGGCUACAAUCAUCUGGUGGCGAGCUGCCCCUUGGUAUUGACUGAACUUCUGAGGGCUGCGCAUGGAAGAAGGAACUGA